AUGUAUAAGAAUGAUGAGGCUGAAUUAUGUACUGAAUUUUUAGAACUGUUUUGUGAUCCAUGUAAAAGCGAUGGGCAGAGCCUGUCCGUGGAAGGAUACUGUGUCGACUGUGAAGAAUAUUUGUGCAAGGAUUGCUAUAAAGUACAUUGCCGUCCUUCUAUAACAAGACACCAUGUUCUAAAAGGAAAGGACAACAUGCCGGAAAAGAAAGAUUCCAAACCCGUUACAUGUACAAUUCAUCCUGGGAAGCUAAUAGAGUUUUAUUGCGAAACACAUGAUGAGGUUUGCUGCUCUUCCUGCCAAGGAUCAAGUCAUGAAAAAUGUGAAAGUGUUCAACAUAUCAAUGACAUUUUGCCCGAAAUAGAUAUAAAGAAAGAAUUUGAAAAGCUGCACGACAACACAGAACUGUUGAUGGAUGACAUAAACAUAACACAAUAUGCCAUCCAGUCAAGCCUUAAGGCAAUUUCGAUCAAUCAUGACAAAGCAAGUAAUGAGAUGUCAUCUGUUCGACAACGUGUAAUGGAAAACAUUGACCAGAUUGAAAGCGAACUUGACAAGAAAUUGAAAAAAUUUAGAGACGAUGAUGAAAGAAAAAUCAUGUCUCAUAGAAAUGCAUGUGAGGCAAUGUGUUUUGAUGCAAGCACUAUCGAAUCCUAUGUUCAACCUAAAAUAUCUAGAAACAGAACAAUGGAUGCAUUCAUAUCCAUGAAAAGGGCACAGAGCAAAAUAAGGGUAGACCACGUCAAUCUUGAAAAAAUUAGAAUGGACAAUAUAAUAAAAAGAUACUCGUUUACACCAGAUAAAGAAAUGACAACGCAUACUUCACAUCGGUAUCCUUUUGGAAAAGUUUCUCUCAACGAAAAGAAAUCAAAAACAAUAAAUUUUAUCAGAGACCUUAAUGCGAUGUCUACCGAUGAUUCGAAGAUAUGUGAGGUAACCGGACUAUGCAUUAUUUCAGAAUCACUUCUUGCCAUUGUUGAUAAGGGAAACAAGAAAGUGAAAAUAAUAGACAUAAACAAUGACAAAAUAACGUCUAUUUUUUUACUAAGUUCAGCGCCUUAUGACAUAACAGUGAUAUCUGACGACAAAUUAGCUGUCACUCUUCCGGCAGAAAAAAAGAUUCAAUUUCUUGUACUUGCAUUACCAGAGGCGGAUGCAGUUACACCUGAAAAUUCCCUCACUGUCUCUGGAGCAUGCCAUGGUAUAAAUUUUAUUCGAAAUGAAAGAAAGCUUAUCGUAACAUAUCAAAAUUCUGGGACAAUCGAAAUAUUGGACCUCGAUGGAACAGUCGCUCAGAAUGUCGACUUAAACUACCGUAAUGUGAACAAGAUUUCAGUGAUUCCAAAUACAACACUGGCAUACAUUUCUAAAGAGGCAAACCAAUCCUCUGCUUGUUUGGCAAUACUAGAAUUCAAAAAUAAGCUUGAAAAUGUAUGUGAAAUAAGUAGAAAUGCCUUAAUGAAUGCGUAUCUAUAUCUUAAUGUGCAAGGCAUCACAACCGACAAGACUGGUACUGCAUACAUAUGUGAUGAUCACGCAGUUUAUGUUACAUGCAACGUUGAAAUAUGCAAUAACACACUUAAUUCGACGGAUGUGAAAAUAGAGAUGCUGGAAGGAUAUGACACUCCAAGGAACGCUCGAUGCAUUGGUUUUUGCGAUAGAAUGUUUAGACUUUAUAUUGGAACAAAAGGAGUGAAAAUAAAGGUUUACACUAUUGCCUGA